AUGACUGAAACCAUGACUAAUGAAACUAAAUGUACUUGGGCAACAAGCACAGCCUAUCCGCACCCUCAUCAUCACGAAGAGCACUUACCUGAACCACCGAUUCUAGAUAGUGUACUUGAUCAUAUUGGAAAUACGCCUCUCGUGAAAAUUAAUAAAAUCACAAAAUCUGAAGGAAUUGAAUGUGAAAUUUUGGCAAAAUGUGAAUUUUUUAAUGCAGGAGGGUCUGUAAAAGAUCGGAUUGGAAAACGCAUGAUUGAAGAAGCAGAAAGAGCUGGAAUCAUAAAACCUGGAUACACAUUAAUUGAACCAACUUCUGGAAAUACUGGCAUUGGAAUCGCAUUAGCUGCCGCUGUAAAAGGAUAUCGUGCGAUCAUUACUCUUCCGGAAAAAAUGAGUCAAGAAAAAGUUGAUGUACUUAAAGCGCUUGGCGCAGAAAUUAUUCGUACACCAACUGAGGCUGUAUGGGAUUCACCAGAAUCUCACAUUGGGGUUGCUAAACGCCUUAACAAGGAAAUUCCAAAUUCUGUUAUUUUAGAUCAAUAUUCUAAUCCAUAUAAUCCUAUAGCUCACUACGAUCAUACCGCGGAAGAAAUUUUGAAAUCUUGUGAUGGAAAGAUAGAUAUGUUUGUUGCGGGUGCAGGUACUGGAGGAACUAUUACUGGUGUUGCUAGAAAGUUAAAAGAAAAGUGUCCAGGGGUUAAGAUUGUUGCUGUCGAUCCAAUCGGAUCGCUUCUUGCUGAGCAUGAUCUUAAUGCUCCAGUGGUUCCAUACUUGGUUGAAGGUAUUGGUUAUGACUUUAUUCCUGAGUCACUUGACCACAGCGUAAUUGAUGAAUGGAUAAAAUCAAACGAUAAAGAUUCUUUCAUAAUGGCUCGUCGUCUAAUUCGUGAAGAAGGAAUUUUGUGUGGUGGUUCAUCCGGUUCCGCAUUGUGUGCUGCGAUUCAAGCCGCUAAAACAUUAAAAAAAGGUCAACGAUGUGUUGUUCUAUUGGCCGAUUCGGUACGGAACUAUAUGACUAAAUUCCUGAACGAUGAUUGGAUGAAAGCUCAUGGUUUUAUCGAUGAAGCCUCGAAAAAAGAAGAGGAAACAAAGAUUAAACAAUGGGGUGGUGCUACAAUUCGUGACCUUAACCUCAAAGUGGCUAUCACUAUCGAUGCAGAAUCUCAUUGUAAGGAAGCUAUCGAAUUGUUGAAUCAGAAUGGAUUCGAUCAGUUACCUGUCACAUCAUCAUCACGUAAUAAGCUUGUCGGGUUAAUCACUCUUGGUAAUCUUUUGUCACGGAUUUCUAGAGGAAGAGCAACGCCUGACUCUCCUGUGAAGGAUGUGAUGUUCAAGUUUGUUAAGGACAAAAAUUAUGAGGAAAUCACAUGCGAUACACCACUAGAAAAGUUGACUAGAUUUUUUGAACAUCAUAGUUCCGCUGUUGUUACAGAGCGUGAAAAUG